CGGGGCGGGACUUCCUGACCGGCACCAGCAACUUCCGGCCGUCUCCAGCUACCUCUCCGGGAGAGCCCCGGCGCAGCCUGGGGCAGCCCUGGCCAUGGCCCGCCCCCUGCCUCUGAUGUGCUUCGCCCUGGCCUGGGCGUUGGGCGGCGCGACGCUGGCGAAGUCAGACCCCAAGAGGGCGGCCUCCGGAGGCCUGCAGGAGAAGACCCAGCUGUCCGCGCAGACCGUGCAGGAGCGGGGCCUCGUGGUGCCGGACCCCAAGGCCCAGGACGUGGUGUUGGAGCACAGCAGCUACUGCGCCCCCAAGACCAAGGAGAGGCACUUCUCUGGCCGCGUCCUGGGCUACGUCACACCCUGGAACAGCCAUGGCUACGACAUCGCCAAGAUCUUUGGGAACAAGUUCACGAUGAUCUCCCCAGUCUGGCUGCAGGUGAAGAGACGGGGCGUCGAACUGUACCAGAUCUUGGGCCUCCAUGAUGCUGACCAAGACUGGAUGAAAAGCGUAAAGAAGCAAAACAGAAACGUGCGCAUUGUGCCUCGUAUCCUGUUUGACAAGUGGACCCGGGAUGACUACAAAAGCUUGUUUACCAGUGAAGAUGAGAUAGAAGAGCUGGCUAAGAUCUUGAUCCAGGUGGCAAAGAAUAAGCACUUUGACGGCUAUGUGUUGGAGGUCUGGAGCCCCUCUUUGCAGGAGCAGCAAAAGGAUCUGCUGCAUACGCUGACGCACGUGGUGGAGGCCCUGCAUCAGGAGCAGCUGAUGGUCAUCCUGGUCGUCCCGUCCACCAUUGUCCCAGGGAAGGACCACCUGGGGAUGUUUACCAAAAGGGCCUUUGACCACCUGGGCCCCAUAAUCGAUGGCUUCAGCCUGAUCACCUACGACUUUUCUGCCGCUGCCGAAGCGCCCGGCCCAAAUGCACCUCUGACCUGGGUUCGAGAUUGUGUCGAGAUCCUCGAUCCAGACUCCAAGUGGCGAGACAAGAUUCUGCUGGGCCUCAACUUCUACGGCAUGGACUUCUCCGCCACCUCGGACUCGAGGGAGCCGAUCCUCGGGGACAGGUACAUCCGGGUCCUAAAAGAUCACAAGCCCAAGCUGCUUUGGCACCAAGAGUUUGCUGAGCACUACUUUGAGUACAAGAGAAGCAAGAGUAGAAAGCAUUUGAUCUUCUUCCCAACCCUAAAGUCCAUUCAGCUGCGGCUGGAUCUCGCCAAGGAGCUGGGCACCGGCGUCGCCAUCUGGGAGCUGGGGCAAGGCCUGGACUACUUCUACGACCUGCUGUGAGGCCGAGCCGAGCUCCCCGUCCUUCUCAAACUGAGCCAGCGUCUGGAAUUUUUUUUUUAAGAAUUAGACUUUUGUAUAUCAUUGGGGGUGACGGGAAAAUCUCUGUGGAAUACACGGGUCUGGUUCUUUCCUGUCCA